AUGAGAAUAAUUACCAAAAGAAUAAUGAUAUCCCAAAGUAUAUUUUAAAUAAUGUGCAACCUGAGACUUCUUAACAAAAAAAUAAAAGUAUCUUUUGAGAGGACAGCUGGAUUAAAUGUUAUUUUAAAAUAAUACAACAAUUUAUUUUUUCCUUAAAAAAUAUAGACAAAAAGAAGUGGGAGAGGAUGCCUCCCAAGUGCCUUGGAUAUCAUGGAGGAAUGCUACUGAGAUGCCACAAUUUGGUGAUGUGGCAGGCGUGGCUGAGGACUUCCCUCGCCAUGAUGCUGCUUUCAGAAUCUAAAAUCAUCUAUAGGGUUGAGGUUUUGAAAUUUCAAGGUCAUGAAGGUGUCGGCGUAUACCUGCUGGUCUCCAAGGUUAAAGCGUACGUAUGGGAAUCCGCAACUCGCCUCGACAUCUCCGUGCGGUGCGGCGGAGCAGAGGACGGUGGUGGUGGAGAUUCAAGUGAUAGUGGCACGUAUGUGGCGGUGACGAUGGCGGCGGCAGGCAUCACCGUCGACGACGAUUGCGGCAGUGGGCGUCGCUGUCGGUAGCAUGUUGUUGUGAAAUUAGUCAAUUUUUUUUACUUUUGAACUUGGCCACCACUGUUGACUCUGCUGUACGCACUUCCACAGCCUCCUUGUCCGACUUUGCGUUUUAACUCGGUCGCCGUUUGGUUCCGGAUAAGAACCAGAAAACAUUGGCCCCGUUUGGCAUCAGCGUUAGAGUUAGCGUUUUGAAAAGGCUAUCUAGCGUUGGCGUUUUUAGAAUUGAUCGACAUCAUUAAAAUUUUAUCCAAAACGCUAACGCUAAUCGAAAAUGCUAUUCCCAAACAAGGUAAUUAUCUGGUUCCUAAUUUCCUAUUGUUUCUCUCCUAAGUAUAAAUUUCAAUGACACAGUGUUUACCUUCUUAAUCUCUAUGUCCGCUCAAUACAGGCACAAAAAAUUGGACAGAGGAAGUAUGUUUGUUAUGUGCCUUCUACUAAAAAAUUACUUGUUUUUAUAUCUUGUAACUGGAGUUUUUUAAAGCUGAAGGAUUAGAUUUUCACUAUAACACAUAUGAAUUUUAAACUAAGGGAUGCUUUAUCUAGUUACUUCAUGUGCUCACUAUUUCUAGCUGCAGCAUCUAAAGUGAACUUAGUAACACUUGCAUAGGACUCUGCUUCAACGGAUACCAAAAAACUAACAUUUUAUAUCCAAAUUUAUGACAUAUCAUAUCAAAUACAAACAAUGAAAUUUUUUUUUAUCCAAAAUUAGAAUUUUCUUACAUAUGUAUUAAUGUGAUCAUUUAGUGCCUGUUUGGCAUCCACGUUUUUGGGCCAAAACGUUAUUGGGUUAAGUUUUACUGUUUGGCUUCCGUCAAAAUAGAUCUACGAUUAGAGGCGUAACUUCUCCCCUAUUCUUUCGCACGGCUAAACGCAAGAGGCUCUAGGGGAUGAGCGUUCAACCUAGAAGAUAAGCGAUUCCAAGAAAUUUUCCACUUCUACCCACGAAAAAUCUAGCGGGAAAGUUGGCGCCUUGCAUCUCUGAUCCAUAUAGCCGCGAUUUAACAGCAAAAAUUAGGGUUUAUUUGCGCAGUGAGUUACUCCAUGGAGGAAUCCAAUUCUUAGCAAGUAAGUAAUUCAAAUCUUUCAGAUUUCUUAAUUCAGUGAUUUAAAGAUUUGAUUUUUUCUUGAAAAUACAAUAAAAUUUUAUGUUUUAG